AUGAUCUUCUCUACCAAGAACAACCAAGGCCUCACCCACCCAGGACUGGCACUACAACGCUGUCCUGCCCAAGGACGCUGCUGCUUCCUUACCAGCCUCUACAGUAAAAUCAAUAAUCUCGCCACCCAUAAAUGUCCAGAUUCUUACGUCCCCCACGACGUCUACGAAGCCGACGUCGUGCGCAUUCAACGUAUCAUGACCUACAUGCUUGCAGCGGACUAUGGUAUAUCCACUGACAUCAAGCUCUCCAAAAUCGACCGCUUCCACAUCCACGGUCUACACAAAAGCAUCAGCGACCUCGCCCAAUCUUCUCCAUCACGAAGACGGAGAAAUUCAGAACUCUACCCGCUAGCAGCAUAUUUUAUGCAGUCUCUACAUUCAACCUGCACCACCCUCGGAAUCUGCACAGAAGUAAUCAUCGCGAUGAUCUACCGCUUCGUCACGUACAGUACUGCCCAAGCAAAGUACAAGGGCUGUAUUCCCGCCCUAGCCCGUAUCGAAGGCCUCCAAGCCGUCGCGCAGAAACUCUACAUCGAUAGAGUACUCCUCUUCCACAUCGCCUCAAAUGCCUCUCAACAGCUCCUGGCGACCUUCAAAGCAGCCGCAUAUAAGGUUGGAAGUCUCUACUUCUCCCGUAUCCUCCAUCCCAGCGCAGGAAGGCGAGGACUUCAGGAUCUGUGGAAGGACACAGCGUGCCUAGAAUUCGAGAUGAGUGAGCGUGGUAAGCUUUACCGGCAGCGGAGGUUCAAGGCUACGCGGUCGAGGUGUCAUCUAAUUGCGCUUUGGGUCCAUGAGUGGCAGGAUGCGUGGAGGGUUAGACGUGGGCAAGCUGAGGUGAAGGUGAUGGGGAAGCAGAUCGUCAGCGUGGAGAAGAUGCUCGCGAUGAGGUGA